AUGCAACGUUUGUGUUGCUGUCAAACAAAUAACGAAACGAUUUGCUCAUUUGUUGAUAUUUGCAUUUCGCAAUGGUCUUUGGGGCAGAAGAAGUCUGCCGUUGCUCCCCAUAAGAAUGCAGAUCUCGAGUGUGCUAAAGAUUUCGCAAUGGACGCUGCGAUUUCUACGACCUCUCGGGGCUUGAACUCCACUCGAGGCAACCACAUGUGUACUCCCCGCUGGAUGGCGAUGAUGUAA